CAGUUCACAACCACCUCUUUAGCGCACUCCGUGUUCUGCAAUCUGCCAACAACCGUUCUCUUUGAAAAUCAACAAAAAAAAGAAUUUUUAGUGGUUUCUCAUCGGGCUACCGCUUAAGAGUGAACAAAUUCUCCGGAUUGAGUGUAUAUCAAGGAGAAAUUUCGAACGACAUUUUCAGGUGGUGGAAACCUAACAAAGUCCACAUUUCUACUGACGCAUCAUUUUGUUUCUUUUUUUGUUCUUUUAAAUCGGUUUAGACUGGGUCUUUCUAUUGCUAUAAAAUGUCUAACCAAGAUGUGGAUUUAGACUCCAUUAUAGAUCGCUUAUUAGAGGUUCGUGGAAAUCGUCCAGGGAAACAAGUUCAACUGGCUGAGAAUGAAAUUCGCUUUUUGUGCAACAAAGCCCGUGAAAUAUUUAUUAGCCAACCCAUACUGUUAGAGUUGGAAGCUCCUCUAAAAAUCUGUGGUGAUAUUCAUGGUCAAUAUUACGACCUUUUACGACUUUUUGAGUAUGGUGGGUUCCCGCCUGAGGCAAACUACUUGUUUUUGGGAGACUAUGUGGACCGUGGUAAACAAAGUUUGGAAGUCAUUUGUUUGUUACUUGCCUAUAAAAUCAAGUAUCCAGAAAACUUUUUUAUCCUUCGUGGAAACCAUGAAUGUGCUAGUAUCAACCGUAUCUAUGGCUUUUACGAUGAAUGCAAGCGUCGCUACAACAUCAAGCUUUGGAAGACAUUCACAGAUUGCUUCAAUUGCCUUCCAAUCGCUGCCAUCAUUGAUGAAAAAAUAUUUACCAUGCAUGGUGGACUUUCUCCCGAUUUGAAUUCGAUGGACCAGAUUCAGCGCAUUAUGCGUCCCACUGAUGUUCCCGACACUGGCCUGCUUUGUGAUCUUUUGUGGUCUGAUCCUGACAAAGACCUGACGGGCUGGGGUGACAACGAUCGUGGUGUUUCGUUCACAUUCGGUCCUGACGUUGUGUCGCGAUUUUUGCAUAAACACGACAUGGAUCUUGUAUGCCGAGCUCAUCAAGUCGUUGAGGAUGGCUACGAGUUUUUUUCGAAACGCCAAUUAGUCACUUUGUUUAGUGCUCCCAAUUAUUGUGGUGAAUUUGAUAAUGCUGGUGCUAUGAUGAGUGUUGAUGAAAGCCUUCUUUGCAGCUUCCAGAUUCUAAAACCAGCAGAGAAAAAACAACGAUACGGCGGUUAUCAAGGAAUGGGUCAGAACUGGCACAUAAAUACUCCUCGGAAAAAUAAGGCAGGCAAUUCAAAAUAAAGCAUACUGAGUUAUCUCAUUGUGUUCCUGAACUUUAUUUAUUCUUUUGGUCUUUGAAUGUGAUAAAACUAAAAGCUGCAAUUGUUUUUUUUUGAUUUCAGCGACUUGCUGCCGUAUAUACGUUUCAUCAUCUUCAUCAUCUCUGCCUGUUUGUAUGAGCAUUACUUUGGAUAAUUAGAGCAACCUGAUCUUUAUUUUUGAUUUCACAUUUCCUUCGUCUUAUUCUAUCUACCCUAAUCCUUAGAUGUAACUAAGAAUUUAGAUCCAAUCUUUCUCUCUUCCUUUCAUCUAUAUUCUUUUAUAAAAAUAUAUAUACCUCUUUAAAAGGGGAUGAACUUAAACGCUGGGUUAACUUUACCUAGGGUACUUUUUGGCAUUUUCAAAGAGUUUACAAACGAGGCUUUUGAUGACUAGGAUCUUUCCUGCAUUCCUUCUUUUAAUGCUGGAUUCCAUAUCCUACUAACGAUUCGUUUAUUCAAUCUACUCUUGAUUACAUUGUUUUAUUAUGAACAACUUUAACUUCUUUUUAAAUUUGGAUGGAACUUUGAUUCAGUAGCAUCCCUAUCAUUUUAUCCUUUAUACGUUCUUAAAACCUAAGCUUCUAAUGCCUCACGUAUGUAUCUACUCUUUGUAAACAAUGUUAUGCCGUUUGAAAGUGGUUAUCAUCAGAGCUUCGGUUGUAUCUUCCCUUCUUAUUAAUACAAGCUAUAUAUCAUGUGUUGCUCAAUAAUAUGCAGUUCAUACAGACAAUUUGAAAUCACUAUGAUAGCUUCAGGCCUUAUACUUUCAACCUAAAAAAUAAUAAUAUAAGCAGUCUCUAUUUUUAUGAAAAUAUACGGUAUCAUUGUGUCGGUCCAUUCUUGACAAC